AUGCAGUCAAAUAGCAAUGAUGAAUUAUAUGAUAUUGUGAGUGAUGAUGAAGAUGAAAAUGAAUCACGUCUUAGUUGUUCAUUACGUUGGUUAAUAAGUAAAGCAUAUCCAAAUGGUUCCACGCCGGAUUAUUUGCCCUGUGAACAUUUUUUUCAAAAUGAAAAUAAUGAACGUUUCCUAUCACCCGAUAUAGCACUUGUUUUACUAUCAGGCGAUUUAUACAUACGUGCAUUUCAAUAUAUAACAAAUCAACAAGAUCAAUUAAUAACUUAUGAUGAUCUAAUAAAUUACUUUUAUUCUCAAAACAUUAUUAUUGACAUUAACCUAUUGAAACAAGACGAACCAUUAAAUGCACAUGUUCAUUUAGAAUUAAUUGAGCAUCUCAUGAAAUUAUAUUUCAAUAUAGUUCUCGAUCAAAAUCUUCUCUAUCAACGUUUUGAAAGACUUCAAUUGAAAUCUGUUUUAACACUAUUAAAUAAAUCCAAACAACUCAAUACAGAAUCAUUUUUAAUUAUAUGGAUAAAUGGCAUAUGUGAAUGUAUGGUUAGUAAAUGGUCACAACGUAUACCACCAGUCGUCGAUCUACGUUCAGCAUUAAUCGAUGGGACAUGUUUAUGUGCACUUAUAUCAUAUUAUGAUGAAAAAUAUACUAUAAAAAAAACUAAAAAUGAUUUAAAUAGUCUAAGAAAUUAUUUAAAUCAUUAUAAUGGAGCUAAAAUGACGAAUAUAUUUCCAUUUACAGUUAAACAUUUACGUCAAAAUAUGGUACUAGAUUUAAAUCUCUAUGGUAUGCUUGUCGAUUUAUUUGUUUUAUACGAAAUCGAUGAAAAUUUUGAUAAACGAAGUUUUUUUAAUGAAAACGAAGAUGAAGAAAAUAUGUGUACAAAUAAAUCGAAUCAAACUUAUUCGAUUGAUGACGAUGAUGAAAAUAAUGAGGAUGGCACUAAUGAAUUUUUUAUUUUGCAUAACAAUAAUAAUAAUAAUAAUAAUAAUGAACAAAUUACAACCGGUGGAAUUUUACAAACCAGUACAAAUCAUGAUCGACAAAUGGUUGCUCCAAUAAAAAGUAGUUUAAAAACUUCAAUAUAUUCAUCUACAAAUGCUAAUGCAUCUCAAAAGAAGACAACAUUCAUGCCAACAACAACAACAUGGCAACGACAAGCAUUAUCAAAUCAAACAACACCGAUGAAUACAACACGGAAUCAAGAGACGUCACCUAUCGAUGAUCAUCAAUUAACAAAUGAAUUUUUAGCUGUUAAAAUGCAAUUAGAAAUGAAAAAACGUGCUAUUGAACGUGAUAAACAACGUUUAGAAUCCAUCCGUGAUAGUAAACGGCAAACGAUAAGUCAAGAAGCAUUCAAACAAUUGUUACAGAAAAAAACUCGAAAUUCAGCAGCUUUAACCAAUGAAUAUUUUCCUUCGUCAGAAUCUAGUAAUACUAUUAAUAAUGAUAAUAGUAAUAAUCAUAUUCGAAAAUCUCAAACCACAUCUGAAUUUCGUUCACAACCAAAUACAUCUUCCGUACAACAAAAACCGGUUAUGAUUGAGCCAAAGAAAGAAGAAUCAUCUAUUGUAGAUUUAUCAAAACCGAUGACACGUGAUGAUUUUCUGAAUACAUUGGAAUUACUGAAACAAAAAUAUCUUGAAAAUACAACAACACCAACAGCACCUAAUAUUAUUGAAGAAAAUCGAAUUGAUGAAGGACAAAGAAUCGAACAAUUGAACUCAAAUAUUGGAGAAUUACAACAGGUCAUAACAAGUCUAUCAGUAAAACAAGAAGAAUUACAUAAUCAAGUUGUUCAUGCAAGUGGAGGUAAUAUAUCUCGUAAUGGUACUUUCUCAACAAAAUCAAUGACAUUUCCUCGACGAAUAUCUUCGUCUACGCCCCGUGAACAUCAGCAAGAAGAAGAAUCACCGCCGCCGCCACCAUCACCACCACAAAUCGAACCAUCAACGAAAACGAAUGGCUUAGCGCUUGAAAUUGUCGAUGAUCCAUCGGCUUCGACAGCGAUUGAAAUGGAACGUAAACGUGAAUUAGUUUUACAACGACAACAACAACGUCUUGACGCAUUCGAACGACGUCGUCAAAUGCGAGAAAUGGAAAAUUUAAAACGUGACGACGAACGACGAAGGAAAGAUAGUGAAGAUUCAGCAAAAAAAAUCGAACGCGAACAAAGACGUGAUGAAAUUUUUCGACAAUACUUAAUGAAAAAAGAAAAUAAUCCAUCAUUUACUAAUGAUCAUAGUAAUGGUGAACAUCCAAUCAUUAAAAUGAGACCGAAAAGUUCUGCUACAGCAACAUUACCAAGACCUCCUAUUGAAAAACGACAAACCGCUCCAAUAAUAAUAUCAACAUUCGGUACACCAACCGAUGGUAUCUCUUCUACAGAUCUGUUCAAUAAUUCAGAUUUAAAUGACACAAUGUCUACAGGUGCAUUAUCAUUUGUUCGAAUGGCUGAAUUACGUUCUAAUAAAACUCCAUCUCAAUCAUCAAAAAUCGAUUCACGUACAUUACCACGUUCAGCAACACGUACAACAACAACAACAACAACAACAACAUCAGCAGCAGCAGCAGCAACACCUGAACCUCCACUUCCACUCAUUCCAUUAGCUGAACCACGAUAUCCAUUAGCUAAACCAUUAUCAGGUAAAAGUAAUAAGCAAACGAUCGUGAAUGCUCUAACACAAGUUAUACUUGCUGGUCGUGUUAAUGAUCGUGCGCGCGAACAAGUAUGCGAUGAAAUCGAACGGCAUGUAGAGAAAGUUAAACAUUUUAUUAUCUUAUUUCGUGAUUCACGUUUACAAUUUCGUGGUGUUUAUGCAUAUAUUCCAAACACAACAUCCGAUUCUCCAACACGCAUUGAACGCCUAUACGGCCAAGGGCCACGUGAAAUAACUGAAUCCAUGGUUGAAACAUUUUAUAAAUAUAAUAACGGUUCGAAAAAAUGCACUCAAGUACCGACAAAAUCAUUUAGUGUUCAAUGUGAUGCUAUAACCAUACUAAAUAAUUAUUGGACUCAACAAUCGACGGCUACUAAGCGAACAACAAUACUUCCUCCAACGCCGUCUGAUUAA